ACAGCCCUCUUCGCAUUUACACCGUCCACACGUUGGAAAACUUUUCGUACAUCUAUCGAGGAUAAGUACCAUUCAGACUGAAGGAGUCCUGCUCGGAUCGAUCUGCAUUGUUACCCGUUUAUGGCAGGGACGGACCGGCGACUCUUCUAAGCGGUUUCCCCUGAAGAAUCGUAUAGUGAACUGAACUGAAAGUUCAGAUAUCAAUAUUUCAACUAAACGAGUAGUAGAAAGCUAGCUUGCUCGCGAUUUAUUACGCCUACAACUGUUCUCCAUUCCCGAUUUUCAGGCCGAAUAUGCAUAUUCCAAAAGUUUGGCUGAUCACAGGAACAUCUUCGGGUUUUGGCCGCCGCCUUGCUGCAGAAGUAAUUUCUCGAGGUGAUCGUGUUAUUGCCACAGCUCGGUCGCUUGGAAAUUUACAAGAUCUCACCGAGGGGCCCGAUCUUCGCCUCCAUCAACUGGAUGUCAGUAGUGGAUCUAAAGCUGUGAAGUGCAGGAUAGAUGAAGCUGCAGCGAUAUGGGGCGGCAUCGACGUUGUUGUAAACAACGCGGGAGUGGGGCUACCGGGCCUUCUCGAAGAAGCAGGGUCUGAACAUAUGAUGCAACAAUAUAAGACCAAUGUAUUCGGAGUCCUGGAUGUCACAAACGCAGCAUUACCUUACAUGCGUAAGAAUAGGAGUGGAACAAUCGUCAUUGUAGGUAGCAGGUCUGCGUGGAAAACAGAAGUCAGGGGUCUCGGAUUCUAUGCUUCAUCCAAAGCUGCUGUUCAAGCAAUGGGUGAAACACUCGCACUAGAACUUACACCUUUGAACAUCCGGGUACUCAUCGUCGAGCCAGGUGCCUUCAGAACUGAAAAGAUCUAUGCGUACCCUUUUCAUACAGACAACCCUAUUCCGGACUAUGAUGAACAGCGUGAAGAUGGAGUGGUAAAUUUCGGUGCUGUAGCCGGGAAACAAAAAGGUGAUCCGACCAAGGCGAUGAAAGCGUUGGUCGAUGUCGUAAACGGGGAAGGAUGCGCCUCUGGAAAACCAUGGCCGCUGUAUCUGGUGCUGGGGGAAGAUGCAGAGCAGGAUAUUCGUGACAAGUGUAAGAAAGUGAUGGAUCAUUUGGACGAGUGGCGAAGUGUUGUAAGGGGCACAAACUUCGACUGAAAUAUAAGAUAGAGUAUAGAUCAGCAGUCAUCUUAGCACUUGUGUGAUGUCAGCUAGACACUCGAGGUUUCUAACAUAUGCACAUGCGUCCUGUCUGGACAAGAAAGUUAUCAGUAUCACUUACAACACACAUAUUUAUUGAGAUAGGUGUAAUAAAUAGUGACAAAUCUCCGGACAUUCCUUAUCCUCGUUUCCUCGUCUCCUUAUGAAAUGAAGCACAAAAUCUUGAGAUAUAUGUAUGGGUUAGUGCUAGUGCUUGUCGAAAAAGGUCCCAUGUAAAGGCUAUGAAUUUCGUGGCCUUUUGUUGGCUCUACCUCCAUUUAAAUCCUCGGCUGUCUUAUCGAUUUGAUAAAAAAUCGACUCCAAUUUCCCAGCUAGAUCAGGAUGUACGGGACCUGCCGCUGCAUCGAGGAGAAUCUCGAAGCUGUCCUUCAGUUGAGCCAACUGGUCUUCCGAAAAGGCGGGCUGCGGAUGUUCGCCCGCAGAUGAUAGUUCAGCCUCCGAAUCCUCUUCUUCUAGUGCUAUUGAUCUUGCUGGUGGCUUAG